UUGCAAUCCAGUGUCUGUUCUAUUUUGUUGAACUUUGCCCUUGUGUUUUAUCUGCUGGAAAGUUUCAGAGUCCAUUACAUUCUCCUGAAAAAUCACUGGGCUGCGAAGAAACAUCUCGCCCUCUGUCAGGGGAUCAUAAUGGAUUUUAUAUCUAAUCUCGGCGCUGGCGCUUUCAGGUCUGUCUCAUCGGUAGGCUCAGAGAUAACUCGGAGAGUGAAGACAGUCUCUGCACCACCACAGAGACCCUUCCGUGUAUGUAGUCAUGACCGAUCUGUACGUAAAGGAGUCAUUGCUGGCACCCUCCGAGAACUCAUAGCAAAGGCUAUGGAUGCUCUCUUUCUAACAGGUAUUGUGACAUUGGUGUUGGAGGAUGAUGGGACAGUACUGGAGACGGAAGAAUUCCUUGAAACCAUUGAAGAUGGUUCAGUUGUUAUGGUUUUGGAAAAAGGACAAAAAUGGAUGCCGAGAAAGGGUGUGUUGUCUUAUUCUUUGCAACAAGAAAAACCAAAGAACAGUCGGGAUAUUGCACGAAUCACAUUUGAUGUAUACAAGCUAAACCCCCGUGAUCUGUUUGGCAGCCUAAAUAUAAAGGCUACCUUCUAUGGCUUGUACUCCAUGAGCUGUGACUUCCAGUGCUUGGGACCAAAGAAAGUGAUCAGGGAGUUUCUCCGGCUUCUGUCAGCAGCUUUGAAUGGAAUAGGAAGAUUAUUGCUUUCUGCCUCCGGGGUGCUGAGGCGGCUGCUGGAAGGUGCCGAUCAGUGGUCGAAUCGAAUCUGUGAAUAUGAAGGCUGAUGCCUGUCCACAUUUCAUGUAGUUCCAUUAUUGUAGGUAGUCACUGGCCUUGUUUUAUCAACUGACACAUCGACUCUUCCACUAAGGCCUUCUACACAGGGCAGUUAUACAGUCUUUAGGGUAUAAGCGUCUGAUUGUGGGGGGGAGGGGACUCCCGCAAUCAGACACUUAUCCCCCAUCCUGUGGAUAGGGGUUUUACCUAUUGUCUUUCUGCCUAUAACAUUUAUGAAUGAAAUAUUUGUUAUUACAGAUUUUUCUGUUGUGUAAAUCUGGCCUAACAAUGUAACAAUCAUUUGAGUUCACUUAAUGCACUCUGGUAACAAAAAAAAAAGUAGAAUUAUGAAUUGGAAAACAUCUGAAUCUUGUUGCCCAUCUUAUGUGUUCUUUAUUUGUAAUUGUGGUGUUAAAAAGCGCUGUUCUCCUUU